ACUUGUCUAAAAAUCACAAAUCAUCGCCGGUACCUAAAUCUCAUCAUCAACAAAACACUGUCUCUGUGUGUGUUGUGUAUGAAGUGAAAAAGGUGAGAGGAAUGGAUAAAGGUAAAGCAGUGAUGGGUAUGGGCCGUAGAUGGGCUGUUGAUUUCACCGAUAAUUCAACAUCUCCUUCAUCUCGUGAUAUCCCUGAUCCCCUUGGUUUCACUCGUGCUUCUCAAGAUCAGGAUGAUUCAACUCUGAGUCGUGAAAAGAAGAAUGCUGAAGCCAAUUGGAAAUCCGCGAAAGCUUGGGAAGUGGCACAAGCGCCUUUCAAGAAUUUGAUGAUGAUGGGUUUCAUGAUGUGGAUGGCUGGAAGCACAGUUCAUUUGUUUAGCAUUGGUAUCACAGUUUCAGCUCUGUUUCAGCCUUUUAGUGCUCUUCAAGGAGUUGGGAAAGUUUUUGAGCCUUACAAGGACAGCAAAGUGGAUCUUCUUGGGCCAAAAUUGGUAUUUAUUGCACUCAAUCUAGUGGGUUUAGGACUGGGCAUCUGGAAGCUUAACACUUUGGGUCUUCUUCCAACUCAUGCGUCAGAUUGGGUUUCAUCCUUGCCACCUGCCCAGGAAGUUGAGUAUUCUGGUGGAGGUUUCCUUUGAAUUGAGGUCUACUGAACAAGGCUGAAGACCUUCAAUUUGGUGAAGAUAGAAGUUACAUUUCUUGAAGCAGGAGUUCGACAAUAUUUUCUUGAUGUAAUUGAGGAUAAACCCGAGAUUCUUAUCGCCCAUUUCUCUCACGAUAUUUAGUAUUAUUGUCUCACAAACUGCAUGACCACUUUUCUAUUGCUCAUCCUCAGAAGCCUAUGUUUGUUGCAUCUGGAAUUAGCCAUGAGUCUUUUUAGAGUAAUGUUUUUUAAGGGAUCACUUUUGUAUCGUGUAGCUGUUGAAUACUUUAUCUAGGAUAGUUGAAAUUCCAAGCA